AUGCCUGUCGAUUAUAGCAAAUGGGACAACCUCGAGCUCAGCGAUGACUCUGACAUCGAGGUCCAUCCCAACGUCGACAAGAAGUCUUUUAUCCGCGCCAAACAGAGCCAGAUCCACCAGGAACGCCAGCAACGGCGACACCAGAUCGAGACGCUCAAGUACGAACGGCAGGUCAACGACGGCCUCACGAAGCGCAUCGGCAGCCUCUUGAAGGCACUCAAGGCGCAUGGUGACGAGGCCAAGGCGGCAGGGUCCUCGCCGACCGCAAAGUCGGCGGGCGAGGUUGCGUUCCGUGCCGUCAUGUCCGACGCCGCCGCACUCAAGCCCGAAGACGACAAACCGCCACAGCCGCCGGCCGACGUGCACUCCAACGUGGACCAGACCACCACGUACACGCAAAUGAUGGCGGCGCUGCUGGACCAGGUCAACAAGGCGCUGGAAGAGAAGAAGGUCGAGGGCGCAGCGCGGUACGAUGCCAUGGUGGCGGAGAUUGAGGAGCACCAGAACAAGGUGGCCGACCUGCAGCGCCAGCUGCUUGAAAAGCUCGGCGAGCUGGAGAAGGAGGAGUCGCGCAAGAUUACGAGUGAUACCUUCCACACGGGCUUUGAUAGCUCGCACGUGAACAAGUCGGCUCCGAGCGAAGGCGCCAACACGAGCGGUGGCGGCAGUGGGAAGCCCGAGCUUCUGAAUCCUGGCUACAAGAGCGCAGACACUACGGAAGCUUCCUCGUCAUCUGCUUCCAAGCCGGGUAAUGAUGACGGUGAUAACGACGACCCGAGCGAGCCGACUGCCCUAGCACGCAAGUUUGCGGGCAUUGCGCCCAACAACCACCUCGAGAGCAGGUCCUUUAUCGCCGCCAAUCCGGAGGUCCUGGCCGAGAAGCACGAGGAGGGUAUCCUGAUGCUGGCCUUUGAUGCAGAGAUGGAGGGUAAGCAGGACACAGCACGGCGCUGUGUGCACCAGGCUAAGCUGCUCGAGUACUGCCGCACCCUCGGCCGUGACGGCGUGGUGCUCUUCUUCAAGCGCAUCGAGACGCGCGACCACAAGGCGCACGACCUGUUCUAUGGCGACGUGCAGGACACGUACGUCAAGAUCAUGACGCGCGUCAAGGAGAUCAAAGCGCAACAGGCCGCCGGCACAUCAACCGAGGGUAUAGAGCAGAUCCAGCUGCACGCGGUGGAGCCGGGCACGGUCAUCAACAUCCGUGUCCCGCCAGCUGACUCGGACGAUCCCGAGGUGGCCAAGGCGCGGCAGAUCUUUGACGGCUUUGCACCGGACAUGCGCAAGGCCCUCGAGUCGGGUAGCCUCGACAAGGUCAAUGAGGUGCUGGGGCGCAUGAAGGUGGAUGAAGCCGAGGCCCUUGUCGGUGACUUUGGCGAGGCUGGUAUUCUAAGUCUUGAGGACGAAAUCAUCGACGCCACGACCGAAGAGGGGCGAGCACAGCUCAAGGACAUGGGCCGAGACGACUUUGUAGAUGAAAAGGGCGUUGCAGUGGAUGCACCACCGACAGUAGCAGCAGAGAAGGAGGAGUACGGUGACCCAGAAUAA